AUGAAGGGUGUAGUCUUUGCAAAUGUCGGCGCGGAGCCCAAGAUCGUCGACGAUCUUCAGAAGCCGUCUCCAGGUCCAGACCAACUGCUUGUGAAAUCAAUCUGGAUGGCCGUCAACCCCGUUGACAAUUUCAUGGCUGCCUAUGGCCUUCUCGUGGUCGACUGGCCACUUGUGCUCGGCGUUGACGCCGCCGGAAUUGUGAUCGAGGCAGGAAGUGAGGCGGCAUCCAAGGAUGGAUUCAAAGCAGGUGAUCCCGUGUUCGGUUGCACCAGGCUCGGAAUGUUGGGAUACUCCGCUGGCCAGGAGUACUUCCUGAUGGAUGCGCCCGUCACCAUCCGUAAGCCAAAGAAUAUCUCCCUGGUUGAGGCCGUCACAUUGGGGGUGGGGAGUGAGACUGCUUGCCUGGCCUUGUUUGGCGGUCUCGGUGUCCCUCUCCCUGACCCAAAGGACCUUCCCGGACCCCAGGACGAAUGGAUCGUCGUCUUGGGAGGCGCCAGCAGUGUCGGCAAAAGUGCAAUCCAGUUGGCCAAGGCCUGUGGUUACAAAGUCGUUGCCUCAUGCUCGACCAAGUCGGCAGCUGAAGUGAAGAGCCUGGGCGCCAUAACAUUCGACUACAAGAAGUCUAUUGAGGAGCAGGUCAAGGAGGUCGUAGGCGUUACCUCGGGGGACAUCUCUCGAAUCUUUGAUGCUGUCGCAGCAGAAGAUCCAGUCACGGCCAAGGAAUUGUUCAAGGCAUCCAAGAGCAACAAGAGGCUCUUUGCGACAACAAAUGAUUGGAGUGGGAUCGGUGACUUUGAAGGGGUGAAAACCCAUGCGGUCAAACUUGGCGGGAUCGGUCGACCUGAAGCAGCAGAGUUGAACAAGAACAUUGAGGAAUACAUUCCCGUCAUCACUGCAUUGAUUGAGGCAGGCAAGCUGCUCCCGGCCGAAUAUGAAGUGAUUGGCACUGGUUUCGAGGCUGCUCUCAAGGCAUACGACCACCAGCGCUCCGGAGCCGGGGGAUCGCGAAAAGUUGUGGUCAAAAUCCAAGACGAAUAA